UCACAGCGGACAUGCACUGUCACUUGGAAAUGGAGAUCGCAUGAUCGCACAACAAAGGGUUUUAAUCAGAACCUACGAAAUCCACCGAAAUCGUCUUAUUAUGAAGAUCAGUUUCCGUUAACGUUGUCGAAAGUUACGUUUUCACGUGGUGGGGUUUACACAUGUGAGUUUACUGGCUACUAUAGGACAGGCACCCUCACAAUGGAACUGGUCACAAUGAAAGUUUCAGCCAACCCAUCCCGCUCUGUGACAGAAGGAGCGACUGUCACAUUGACCUGUCUCAUCUCAAACAGUGCCUAUGGAUCAGGUCUGGUUUGGUAUCAUGGUGGCAUUGACGAUGGCAUUGAGAUGAACCCAGGAAAUCCUGUGCUGACAUUACACAAAGUCAAACGAUGUCAAGAGGGAGCAUGGACAUGUGGUGUAAAAACCCAAACUGACAAAGCAUCUGCUUCUCACGAUUUGAAAGUCUCAUCACGGAAUGUUUGGGAUGUGAAGGCACCUUCCCCCAGAAAUUAUUUUGUUUCUGUGGGCCAGACGGUCAUUUUGCCAUGCGUUGAAUCUGAUCCAGAAUUUAAAUGGCAAGAUUACCCUUCCUCUGACCUGGAUCUGAUCUGGAGAUGGGAGAGGCAGGGUAGUGGUAGUACAACGAUUGUCCAGUAUCUUAAGAAAACUGGUCAACGGAAUGGAGAUGUACGAAAAAAUACCACUAUACCACUGGUUUCCAGUAUAAGAGCAUUGAAGCCUGCUUUUGAUGAAGACAACUUCUCUAUUGAAAUCUCAAACGUGUAUUACAGUGAUGCUGGGCUCUACAUUUGCCACUUUGCUGGCUACUUUAGAACAAGCAGAUUAACAAGAGAACUUAUCACAAUGCAAGUUUCAGCCGACCCAUCUCGCUCUGUGACAGAAGGAGAGACUGUCACAUUGACCUGUUUCAUCUCAAACAGUGGAUAUGGAACAGGUCUGGUUUGGUAUCAUGGUGCCACUUACAUUUCACGAGGCAACGAGCUGACACUGAACAAAGUAAAACGAUCUCAACAGGGACAAUGGAAAUGUGUUCUACAUGACCAGCACAACAGUCCCUUUGCCUCGUACAAAUUGCAGUUCAUAUCAACUGGAAGUGAUGUUGGGAAGGCACCCGCAGUGAAAACAUAUUUCAUACACGAGGGUGGGGAGGUCUCUUUGUCAUGUGAUGAAUCUGAUCCUGGAUUUAAGUGGAAAGAUCGUUCACAGCUGGCACGCGCUGUCACUUGGAAAUGGAGAUCGCAUGAUGGCACAACACAGGGUUAUGAUCAGAACCUACAAGAUCCACCGCGAUCGUCUUAUUAUAAAGAUCAGUUUCCUUUAACAUUGUCGACAGUUACAUUUUCACGUGGUGGGGUUUACACAUGUAAGUUUACUGGCUACUAUAGGACAGGAACCCUCACAAUGGAACUGGUCACAAUGAAAGUUUUGUCCAACACAUCCGACACCAUAGCAGAAGGAGAGAGCAUCAGUCUGACCUGCCAGCUCUCCAACGACUCCUAUGCACACAUGGUCAGAUGGAUUCACAAUGGGAUUGAGAUCAGCCAUCAAAGCAGCCUCGUGUUGGUGAAAGUGAAGGCUGCUCAGAGUGGGUUGUGGAAGUGUUCCCUGAAUAGGGAGAGUGGAGAGAUCUCAGAGGUAGCGUACAAUUUGAACGUGCGGAGAAUUGUUCCAUGGGCAUCUCCGUACGUGUUGGUGGCUGUUGGAGUGGUGCUGGCUGUGCUUCUCUCUGCUGGAGCUGCUGUUGUUGCUGUAUUGGGCUACAGAAGAAGGAAGCUCAAUGCAGCAGAGUCUCAGCCAGAGCAAGACAGUGCUUAUCAAGCAUUGAACUUGCAAUCGAUGAUGAUGGAUGGUCCUGAUCCACAGCGAGGAAGCGACUCCGAAGUGCUGGAAUCGCCAUCGGUGACCAACAAUGAUGCCCCCCGGCAGGAGCGCGAAGGCCACUACCAAGCCCUCAAGCUGCAGCGGAAGGAGGCAGAAGACGUUUAUGACAAUCUUAACGUGUGAUGCGAGGACGGCACGGGCCUUGGGGCCCUGGCCACUCGUGCCCGCGAGGCGCCGUCUGGGCCUCCCAGCCCCAGCGGUGGCCCUCGGGAACGGCGUCCGUCGCUCGCAUCUCCAGGGGAUCUCGGCUGCUUCUUCCGGACCCAGCUUUAGUUGUCGUUGAGCACACAAGUGGUUCGUGGAGGCCAAAGGGUGUUUCAAAGGCAGUGGCUUGCUCGUGGCUCUUGAUGUGAAGCGGUGGUGGGGGACACACAAAAAAAUGACUCAACAAAUAAAUCAAUUAAUAUUGUACGUAGUGAUCAUCGCCCCCUACAGGCAGAUUAAUACCUCAACACUCUUGCAAACGAGAUGCUACUGGCCUCUUGAGUUCUCAACAGGUUAAUAACAAAAUAUGUAAAAAUACUUUAAAAAACACGCUUUAAUGAAAUGUACUGUCCGAGCUACCCCGCCCCCUGCCCCCUUCGCCCCUCCCCUCCUUCGACAUUCCCCAACGUAAGGGACCGUGGUGAUUUACAGCCAACGUAAGUUGAGCGUCGACAAUUAGAGCCGUAAAAAAUAUUAAAAAAAAAUAUAUUUAAAAUGUUCAAUGAUAGAAUAUAGUAUUGUCAUCAGUUUGACAUACCUAUACCAAGUUUGCAGUCGAUACGACAUUGGGAAUACGGUUGAAAUUGAGUUACAAGAUUUUUGGAUAUGACAACACAUACAGUAAGUUAAAUAAAAACGUGUUAAAAGUUUUAAAAUAUGUUUUGGGUAUUUUAUGAUAGAAUAUCGUGUUGUCAUCAGUAUGACAUACUUAUACGAAGUUUGCAGUCGAUAGCACAUUGGGAAGUGUGUAAAAAUUGAGUUGCAAGAUUAAUUUUUUGAGGAUACAACAGACGAAGUGAGUUAAAUAAAAGCGUGUAAAUAAAUAAACCUGAUCUUACAAAAUCGCUGAGUUGGCAACACUGGUGGUCAACCGCACCGUCGCGACUUUCUGACAUGUAGAGCCAAUCACUGCACAGAAUGUAAUGUGAUGACAAUAUGCACCUGCCUUGUCCUUACAAAAAGAAUAAAGGGUAAAUGAAAUGCAUUCUAUCAGCGUUUCUCAACCGGUGGUCCGGGGACCCCUGGUGGUCGGUGAGGCUACUGCAGGAGGUUCGCGGAAAAUAUAAACAACAGCAUCCUCACCGGGGAAAAUUCAAAUAACUCGUGGCAUGUGGUGUUUCGCAAAAUGCUUGGAGGUUGAAAAGGGGUCCGCACACUGGAAAAUGUUGGGAACCGCUGCAUUCAGUAAAAAAUGUUAUCAAUGUGAUUGAUAUUACAGUGUACAAAUCCGCGUAUACUAAUUGUCGUCAAGUUACUAAUUUUUAAAUGUUGCCUGCCGAUUUAAUUAUGUAACUCGUCAAACAUGGGAUGUAAUAGUAGAGUAGAAUAGGCAUUACAGUAUAUCCGUGGUUGCCAUCUGUGCCAUUAUUUGUCUUCGUACAUCUGCCCAGGUGACGCUUCUAAUGGAGACUUGAUGUGUCAGCGGGUCCUUGCCUGGCCAAGUGAAGUUGAUGAGGACAAUGCUAAUUAAUCAAACUAUUGCUACAUUUUCAUUUGAUUAUUUUGUACUUGUAUAGUUCCAUAAUUGUUUGAUAAUGCUAACAAGUCGCUUUUAUUUCUGCUGUACCUUAAAAAGCCAUAUAUACCGUACAAUAAUUUUCAAAUGCUUUCAAGGCAAGUUAUUGAACUUGCGACUCCUGCUUGUCGUUAGUGGCAGGAGUGGCACCACACUGACUGCUUCGAAACCUUCAGCUGAGUAUAGAGUCGCGUUUGACCGUAACGUUAAUAUGUUUGCAUGCAAAAUGUUCGUGCAUAGCAAAUUAAUCUAUUUUUAUACUAAUACCAGCAGUCUCGUGUAUGCAUCAACCACACCAUAAUGAUGAAAUAUUCUUCAAGGUUUUUGCUAUGCAAGUAGAAUAGUGACUGCCUGUUGUGUGUAAGAUAAGGCUGCAUGGGACGUAUGUGCGGCACCAGGGGGAAACACAAGGGAAGGGAAGUAAUUACCCUGCCCAUUUCUGUUCAUGAUAUUUUUAUGAAAAUUAAAGUUGACACUGUGAAAUGACCACUUCAUACGCAAGUACCCAGCCUGACAACGUGAAGCAGAGAUGGCUGCGAUGAAAGUGUUCAUUUAUAUUGGUAGAAACCUUCGAACGGGCCAUACUUCAUCAUUACAGAAGUGUGUCAAUGUGAUGCGGAACGUGUCUCUUUAUCGUAACACGUGGGAUUUAAUUUUACACCACAUGAUGCCAGUUUGUAAUCUUGAGCAAUUUACACAUAUCUGUAAGUAUCCACGAGUAAUAAUCUUGUUUUUGAAGUGAGAAAUCCACCCCAAUGUCCCACAGUUGGCUCUGUGGUGGCUGCUGCUAUUGAAUGGAUCCAACGGGGAGCAGCAUCACCUGAGCUUUGGGUCAAACAGCAGCAAACAGCGUCCAGAGACGGGCUCUGACCUCAUGACCAAGGAGGCAAAUCCUGUACGGGCUGAGAAGUCCAUUUUUGAGACUCCUCGACCUGUAUGAAUGAGCGAUACACAUUUUCCAAAUGCUGUGCAGUUACUUUUCUGGAGCCGAGUAUAUUUCCAUGUAACAUUGUUUUAGUUCGAUGAUGUUAUUUACUUGAUUUAAAUUCACGUUUUGAGUUAUCAACAAUCCAGUAUUAAGAUGGUUCUGUGCAUAUUUAACAUUCGGUAUAUUGGAAUAAUCGCUGAAGGUUCGUAAUCUUUCAGUUGUGUUCAAAAGCAGAAGUAACAAAGUGCGCUGUGCUGUUCACACGGAAUGCGAUUUAAUGAGAAAUCCUUCUGGCUGGGGCUUCAAAUAUGAAGACGUGAAAACAAAACGCGUGGCUAUUUAAAUGCUCAUCAGUCGUCAUUACC